UCAUUCAGCCGGUGGCGCUUUAUUGAUGUUGCUAGGCGACCGUUUGUUUGGCGUGAACUACUUCACCUGCCUGAGAAAAAACAAUUACCGCUAUUUAAACUAAAUUUGAAUUUACUGGUUAAAAUACAGUUUUUUCCGGGUGAAUAAAAUACAGUUAGUUUGAUAAUGGAUGUUGAAACAGAAAGUAUACCUCGGCUCGAACUGGAGGCUGUUAUUGGCUUUAACGGACAUGUUUCUUCUGGCCUAAGAGUCCAUCCAGACAACGAGCACAUGAUCUACCCUCUUGGAUGCACAAUCAUUCUGAAGAGAAUUAAAGAUGGCAAACAGGAGUUCUUACAUGGCCAUGCAAACAAUGUAACCUGUAUUUCAGUGUCAAAAAGUGGACUGUAUAUUGCCUCUGGACAGGUCAACUUUAUGGGCUUUAAGGCUACAAUAAUAAUCUGGGACUAUGCGACCCGAACAAUCUAUACAGAGCUGGUGCUCCACAAGGCAAAGGUAGAGGCACUGGCCUUUUCUCCUAAUGACAAGUACCUGGUGUCCCUUGGGGGUCAAGAUGAUGGCAGUAUAGUUGUGUGGAAUAUUGAGACUAAGCAAGCUAUAUGUGGGAGCCCAGCUUCAGCGCAGAGUGCUGGUCACUCCCUGAUUUUGCAAUACUCAAACACAAAUGACAACAUCUUUGUGUCAGCAGGGAGUGGAACAUUGCGAGUUUGGGAACUGGACCUCGCCAACAGAAAGAUCAGGCCCACAGAGUGUCAGACAGGAAAGCUCAAGAGGACUGUGAAAUGCUUAGAGAUUUCAGAGGAUGAUCAGUUCAUUUUCUGCGGCACCAUGACUGGAGACAUAAUGAAAGUUAACCUGAAGACAAAGCUUCUGAAUCACUGCGGUCCAGCUAAAUCAAAAUACAGCAUGGGUGUCAAUGUCAUAAAGAUACUGAAGUCUGGGGACUUACUUGUAGGCUGUGGAUCUGGCACUGUCACUUUGUGUUCUGGGACUAACUUCAAAAGUCUUAAGAAAGUCGAUCUGGAAAAGGCAGUAACCUCCAUUGCUACAUUAGGAGAUGGAAAUGAGUUUUUUGUUGGCACAGAGGCUGCUCAGAUGUAUCGCUUCAGUUAUGAGAAUUUCAAAGUGGAACUCAUAUCCACCAGCCAUAAUGAUGCUGUCAAGGACGUAGCCAUCUUGUUUGGAACAUCUGAACUAUUUGCAACCUGCUCAGAUGAAGAUAUCAGAGUGUGGUACACAGGGAAGCCUAAAGAGCUGUUGCGCAUCACUAUACCCAAUGUGACCUGCAAUUCGGUGGACUUCAUGUUUAAUGGACAAAGCAUCAUCAGUGCAUGGAAUGAUGGUAAGAUUCGUCUGUUUGGACCAGAAAGUGGAAAACUCAUGCUCACCAUUCACAAUGCACACACAAUGGGUGCAACGGCCAUUGCUGGCACAAGGGAUUGCAAAAGGAUUGUCAGUGGAGGGGGAGAAGGACAGGUGUGUGUUUGGGAGCUGAAGCCACAUAGCUAUCGGUUGCUGGAGGCCAUGAAAAAGCACAAAGCUGCUGUCACUUGUCUCAAAAUCAAGAGUGACGACACAGAGUGUGUCUCUGCAAGCUCUGACGGUACCUGCAUCAUCUGGGACAUAGUGCGAUUCGUAGUUCGUCAAAUGAUGAUUGCCAACACACUGUUCCGGACUGUGUGCUACCAUCCAGAGGAAUUUCAGAUCAUCACCAGUGGCACUGACAGAAAGUUUCCCAGACCGAGGCUGAGGGAUCGCAGAUGGGCCAAGACAACUCACACAGGUGGAACCCUCUAAUAAGCUGCUGAAAUGAGAUGAGAAAGGUGGAAGGGGUCGUGACUGUGGCAGCGAGGAAGGGAUGGAAAAUGAUCUAAGAGAGAAGAAGAGAGGGGAACAUUGUUACAGUAACUUUUAUCGUGGCUAUGCGAAUAAUAAACUAUAUAAUUUCACCAUUAACUUCUUUUUAUUAAUCAUAGAGCAAUGAUUUAAAAAAAUUUAAGGCGCUGAUUUGUUUGAAAAGACAUCUCACUAAAUAUGUUAUCGAUUAAUGCAGGCCUUAGCUGAGAAGUGAGCAUUGUUUUGUUCAGAUUUAAGCCUUACAUUCUGAUUUGGUUACAUUAGGAAGAUUUGGUUUCUAUUUAUUUCUAUCUAUUAGUUUUCAUUCCAUGUAAGCACAAUAUUCAAUAUGUGUGAAAGAUUACAUAUCCCUUAUUAUUUGCCUUCCUAUUAGGCAUAAUGGGCAAAAAAUGAAAUUCUGUUCUCAUAAGCAUCGGGCUCUGUGUGAACAGCCUUGUUUAACAUGACCUUUACAAAUAGCUAAUUGUGGUAACUCCAUCUCCUUCUCUCAACUCCGUAUUGACUUUGAAAUGCAGUGUGUUUAGCAUCAGUGUUUUGAGUGCUUUACUGCUUUCUAAACAGCUUCUUGACUUUUAAAAGCACACAGGGUGAACUGUUAAAUCUUCUACUAGGAACUCAUUCAUGACUGAAGCCUAAUUUUAAUGAUCAAGUCCAUCUGGGCUUUCAUUUACUCCACCCAAGAAGUAAUCAGGUCGGUCAUAUAAAUAACAAGAAAGGAUUGUUCUCGCUCUGUGGUUUUGUGAUGCUUCUGCCACCUGGGCUAUAAAUAACUUCAACUAACAAUCGCCUUUUGUGAGACUUGAUACUCUGACGGCUGUUAAGCCCUAGAGAUGUUCAAAACUCAUUUAGAUAUAUGAUAGAAUCAAACCAGCUCAUUUUCAUAUAGAGUUAAAACGAGAAAGCAGUGAAGGUGAGAGUCUGAGGUCACCUAUUGCGUACUACUACCAAAAUAGGAAAUGGUAAAGUGUAUACUGUAUAUAAUGUUGAAUAAAAAUAGCACAAAAGCACAGAGAUGUUUUCCCUUGAUCUCAUUAGUAGCAGUCUGCAUAG